AUGAGUGUCGUUUCGAGCCUUCCCGUCGACGAAACUCAGGAUCUCAUGAGUGUCGAUUCGAGCCCUGCCAUUCAUCACCUGGAAGACGAGAUCGUCGUUGGCACCAAAGCCAACAGGAAGCUGCCCGUCAACCAGGAUAAAUCCGAUAUAGCUGACGUCAACAUGGAUCCAUCUGCGAUUCUUACCGGCAAGCGCAAGCGGACUUCCACUUACUAUGCUGACUCUGUCCAAGAAGACAGCCCUGGUCCUCACGAAGGUCGUGUCAAAGCCCGGCCUGCCAAGACUCAUGGUUCUGGAGGCGUCAAAGGUGUCAUCAUUGGAUAUUGGCGCGAUUCUGAGGUCGAAAAUGAGGCUGAUAAGCAUUCCGUGAUCGGCUUCAUUGACUCGAGGGAUCGCCUUAGAACCAGAAUCCAGACAACUACCCGCGACAAACGUCAGGUUGAUCAACGCUACCCGAUCCCCCCUGGCCCCGGUGGGAGUUGGGUCAUCUUCGAGAAGAUUGUCUUUGAAGACCACCUUGUUGGUCUCAAUCAUCACAUGAUCAAGGAGUUUGUCAAGAUCCGCGCCGAUAAUCUUGGCGAGAACGAGAGCCCCGAGGAGCGCAACAUAGCCGACAAAGCAGCUGCCGAGCUCGCGGUUGAGAGAGUCACCACCAACCCUCCCCCCGAAACGGCCAACCAACCUCUCAUUGCUUAUGGCGCUGUGAUACCCGAUCCUGCCACCCUUCCCAGCCGUCCCGAGUCCAAGAAACGAAAGGUCACAGGAUCCUUUACUUCAGCCCAGCUAGAGCCUGCCCCCCCCCCUCAACAGCCCGCGGAGGCCCUUCCGGGAACCCGGCCAACUCGCAUCGUUUUGGGAUACUGGAAACAAUCCAGUGAAGAUGACCCGAUUGAGAAGCACGCGGUUUACGGUAUCCUGGGUGCUAAUGACAUGUUCAGGAUCAGGCUUGCGAAGGAGACUCGCGAUGGUAGAGUGAUCGCUGAUGGCAACUUCCCUAGUGGGCCUGGUGCACUGUGGAUCACCUGGGACGCUCUCGAGUUUGAACCUCAUCUCAAAGGUCUCUCCCGCCAUGAGGUCAAGGAAUAUUGCAGGGUUCGCCAGCACCAGCUCGACCAGGGUGAGGCACCUGAGGACCGCACCCGAAACGAGAUACAAGCCGUCCAAGAGGCUCAGAAGCGUGCUGCUUUGAACAUCGCCGCGGGGACCUCCAUCACUAAGAACGACGUUGAGAUCUCGAUCGAGGGAGCUAAUGGCGUCACUCAUGGUCUUGCUUCCGGCUCGCCUGCCUCAAAGACCAACGAGCCUCGUCGUCAAACUGGGCUCCGCGGCCGACACUCACUCCCUAAUCCCGAGUUCGGAGUUGCUAACCGCAAGUCAUCGUCGGCCAUCGCCCAGAUCGAGAGGACUCAUGAGCUCGCCCGUCACGGGAUUGAAAAGGUUGAGAAGGCGCAGGCUCGCAUUGAUCAGCGUGCCAGCAGCACCGCCACGCCCCGAGAGUCAUCGGCCACCCCAGCCAACCGCAGAGAGCUUUUCAGUGAAAACAUCUCUCGCUUGAACAACGUUUGGGCCAGUCAAGAGGCCACACGCAUCCGUAACGAGGGCCAAGGCUACGAAGGAGACGUCCUGAUGAACGGUACCAUCAGGUACGAGCGAAAGCAAACCGGCCCGUUCAAGGGCAUUCUGGUCAGCCAACCCUUCCUGAUCCAGAUAGACGGGGAGGAUUACGUGGAGUACCGCGUCCUCACGAAGCCGAGCUUCUAG